GAAAGAAGCGAGAACGAGUUUCGUUCGGUUAUGUUCAAUGGAAAAACGUGUGUUGUUUUUGGGGUUGCCGAGUUUUUUGCCGAUUUGAAAAAGUCCUCAUGGCUUAUUUCAAUAUUCAAGUUUAUGUUUAAAGACUGGUUGAUUUUGCAUAUUUCCAACGAAUAAUUCUAGUUUAUAACGAAAUUAAGGUGAAAUUGAGUGUCAAGUGUUCUCUGAGAGAUUCAGUAAACCCGAAUUAUGGGCUCGGAGACUGAGACCAGAGACUUGGAGGUUAAAAAAGCACACACGCGAAAUCGCUCGAAACAGAAACAAGACAAGGAAGACGCAGGAUCGAAAAUCUUGCAGAAUAAUUCUGAAUUGCCAACAAAAGCUAUCGGUAUGGAAAAAACAAAAAAAACUAGACGCGGUAAGCGCACGGCCAAUAAAAGAGGGUUUGUGGAAGACGCAAUUUCAAAAGACAGACCUAAACGAAUGAAAAAAGACAGUAACAACCUGGAAGAGAAUAACGAUGAGGACAAAGAUGAUGAUCCAAAAAAACCUGAAGAACCUUCCAAAAGACAAAUAAAGAAAGAAAAGGCUGAACAGAGAGAAUGUUUGAAAAGAGAAGCGAGUCGAUUAAAAUCAACAGAAAAAGCUCUCAAUUAUGUGUCCAAGUGGAAGCACGCAAGAAGCGAAUGGAAAUUUGAGAAAGUCCAACAAAUAUGGUUGAUAGACAAUCUGUUGGAUGGUGAAGCAAUACCGGAUGCAAUAUUUCCAACUGUGUUAGAGUACUUUGAGGGAUGCAAAGGAAUGGCUAGGGAGCAACUAUUGAAAAAGGGAAUGGACGUCAUAAGGAAGCAGGAAGAAAGUGAAGAUGGGGAGACAGAAGAGGCUGAAAAAUCGAUUGAAUAUAAGAGGGCAAGAGAGUUGCUUCAAGCUUUGCCAACGGAAACGUAAACUGAAUGAUCUCCUAUUUCGAUAAAUUCCUUUCAAAAAUCUACGUAUACAUACAAAGUUAUAUGUAUAUCAAAUGCAUCAAAUACUCGUUCGGCUCUUGACAAAUUAAAUGUAAAAAAAAAAAAAAA